GUGCGCACUCUUGUCGUUGCUCGUGUGCCCGUUGUUUCUGCAGAGGGAACAACCAUUGAACGAAUCUCACCAUGGCUUCCGACGGACCGCCGGGGACCGAAUCAAUGCCGUCAGAUUUAGGCAGCUCUGUUGCGGCCUUGAAUUCUUGGAGCCACCCAGAGCUUCAAGCCAAACUCGCGGAGUUAGGCGCACCAAACAUGGGCCCGCGAGAGGAGUUAAUAGACAGGCUGAAAGGAUACAUGAUGCAGACUGGAAUCCUUCUUAGCAAACCCAAUCUGGCGGGGGAGGACAAACCUUCCAUGACCACGAUGCCCGGGAUCCCUCCCAUGCCCCCGAUGCCCAUGCCGCCCAUGCCCCCAGGAAUGGGCAUGCUGCAGGCCAUGAGCAUGAUGGCGGGCGGGGCCCCCCCGGGCAUGCGCAUGGGCAUGGAUCCGCCCGGCAUGAACCAGGAGGAGCAGCUGAAGAUGGCUCAACAGAGGGCAGCCAUGAUGAUGCAGCACGAGGAGAGGAACCAGGGGGACGCCCGGGCCAUGGAGGAGCACAUGAAGGAGCUGGAGCUUCUGGAGCAGCAGAAGAGGGCAGCAGUGUUGUUGGAGCACGAGCGUCAGCAGCAGGAGAUGGUGAAGAUGCAGCAGGGGGCAGGCCCCCCCGGCCCCCGCAUGUCCGACCCCGUCUCCCGGCCCCCCCUGAUGCCCCCUGGGAUGCCCCCCCUCAGCUCCAUGAGAGGUGUGAACCCCAGUGGGCCCCCCCCUCCUGGUGUAUCCAUGAUGCAGAGCCAGAGACAGAGGGUGCCCCCGCCCCCAGGGGAGGAUGCCAGAGAGGUGUGGCAGGGGGAGGAGGUGGGCAUCGGGCCCAAGAUCCCCCAGGCCCUGGAGAAGAUCCUGCAGCUGAAGGAGAUCAGGCAGGAGCAGCUCAGCACCGGCCCCACUGAAGAAGAGGAAGAGGAGGAGAGCAGGGAGAUGGAGAUGAGCAGCCUGUCUGCGGCCGGCGCCAUGUCUGACGAGGACGACGACGACAGCCAGCUGUCCAAGAAAGACAAAAACCGCAAGCGCAGGAACCGCAAGAAGAAGAACAAGAAAAAGAGGGAGCAGGAGAAGAGGGAGCAGGCGGAGGAGAAGAAGGGCGAGGGGGACAAGGACCAGGACAAGCUGCCCGAGGUGGAGAUCGAGUACAUCACCGAGGAGCCCGAGAUCUUCGACCCCAACUUCAUCUUCUUCAAGAGGAUCUUCGAGGCCUUCAAGCUGACAGACGAUGUCAAGAAGGAGAAGGAGAAAGAGCCGGAAAAGGCAGAGAAGCCCGAGAUGUCCAUGCUGAGGAAGAAGGGCUUCGAGGAGGAGAAGAAGGACAGCGACGACAGUGAUGAUGAGAUCCGUCCCGAUGUGCCCAAGCUGUCGAAGAAGAAGCUGAGGCGGAUGAACAGGCUGACGGUGGCUGAACUCAAACAGUUGGUGGCGCGCCCCGACGUGGUGGAGAUGCACGACGUGACGGCCCAGGAGCCCAAGCUGCUGGUGCAUCUUAAGGCCACGCGCAACACGGUGCCCGUGCCCCGCCACUGGUGCUUCAAGAGGAAGUACCUGCAGGGCAAGAGGGGUAUCGAGAAGCCCCCCUUCGAGCUGCCCGAGUUCAUCAAGAGGACCGGCAUCCAGGAGAUGAGGGAGGCCCUGCAGGAGAAGGAGGAUGCUAAAACCAUGAAGACCAAGAUGAGGGAGAAGGUUCGCCCCAAGAUGGGCAAGAUCGACAUCGACUACCAGAAGCUCCACGACGCCUUCUUCAAGUGGCAGAUGAAGCCCAAGCUCACCAUCCACGGAGACCUGUACUACGAGGGGAAGGAGUUCGAGACGCGUCUGAAGGAGAAGAAGCCUGGCGACCUCUCAGACGAGCUGCGCAUCGCCCUGGGCAUGCCUGUCGGACCUAACUCCCACAAGGUGCCCCCUCCUUGGCUGAUAGCCAUGCAGAGAUACGGGCCCCCUCCAUCCUACCCUAACCUCAAGAUCCCUGGACUCAACUCUCCCAUCCCAGAUAGCUGUUCGUUUGGCUACCAUGCUGGGGGCUGGGGCAAGCCCCCGGUGGACGAGACAGGCAAGCCCCUUUACGGCGACGUGUUCGGAACCAACGCUGGAGAGUUCCAGGCGAAGGCGGACGAGGAGGAGGUUGACCACACGCCCUGGGGCGAGCUGGAGCCCUCGGACGAGGAGUCGUCGGAAGAGGAGGAGGAGGAGGAGAGCGACGAGGAGAAGCCCGACGAGACGGGCUUCUUCACUCCGGCCGACAGCGGCCUGAUCACUCCUGGAGGGUUCACGUCGAUCCCUGCUGGCAUGGAGACCCCCGAGCUGAUCGAGCUGAGGAAGAAGAAGAUCGAGGAGGCCAUGGACGGGAACGAGACUCCUCAGUUGUUCACCGUGCUGCCAGAGAGGAGAACGGGGUCUGUAGGAGGUGCCAUGAUGGCCUCGACACACAUCUACGACGUCUCAGGGGCGGUGGCGGGCCGCAAGGCAGGGGGCGGGCAGGAGUCCCAGGGCGUGGAGGUGGCCCUGGCCCCGGAGGAGCUGGAGCUGGACCCCCUGGCCAUGACCCAGAAGUACGAGGAGCACGUCCGCGAGCAGCAGGCCCAGGUGGAGAAGGAGGACUUCAGCGACAUGGUGGCCGAGCACGCCGCCAAGCAGAAGCAAAAGAAGAGGAAGGCCCAGCCCCAGGACACACGAGGAGGAGCCAAGAAAUACAAAGAGUUCAAGUUUUAGACCAGGAGCAGAGCGAGCAGGGGAGAAAGAGGAGGGGGGGAAACAGGAAGAGGAGGAGAGGAGAACUCUGAUUUUAAUCUAUUAGAAACCCUGGCGAUCGACAACUGUUUUCACCACAGGGAAAACGCGCUCGGGCGGGGGGGGGGUCAUUUCCUUUUGAUAAUGAUGAUGGCUGAUAACUGUGGUAGAGUCCGGUCUCUCCCUCUGUCAUUUUGAUUUGUACUCCACUGUGUGAGUUAUUUUUCCAUGUAACUUGUGCGUUUCUGGUUGUUUUUUUUUUGUAAAUAAAUGACAGAUGUCAAAUUAGA